AUGGAGAGCGGUGGUGGUGCUGUCAUCGGGAGAGUUGAGAUCGACACCCGAGCUCCCUUCCGGUCGGUGAAGGAAGCCGUCAUGCUGUUCGGAGAGACAGUCCUUGCCGGAGGGAUUUACGGCAACAAGCAUAAUGAGGUAUGAAAGCGCAGGACUCAUUCAUCAUCAUCUUCAUCUCUCUCUCUCUCUCUCUCUCUCCCCCAAAGCAAUAGUAGGCUGUGGUUGAUCAUCUCACAUGUCUAACGGUUAUACAUCAUCCUCUCUCGCCAAUUCACUGGUUUAAUUCAAGGGAAGCCCCAUUCCCCUCCAUGCUUCUCUUCCUUUUCCUCGUGUGACUGGUUAGAGCAUGAGAAGGCCAACGCAGUCUGCUACUGGAACUGGUCUCUCACGAGGCUUGACAGUCGAGUUUAUUCUUAACGUGUCCUUUUUGCCUUAACCCUCAGAGGAGAUGACUGUCUUCUCGGUCAAGCCACAUAUCGGCGAUGAUUGUUUGACGAAGAGAACGAUCGUUAGAGCUAUCCAUAAAAUUAUUUUAUUUCCUUUCUCUGAAACCUUUUCUAUCAAUUGUGAAGUUAGGAACCUAAGGUAAUCUUCUCCAGCAUUCAUUCGGUAGUGAUUAAGCUGAUGAUUGCUCUCCUCUCUGUUAGAUGAAGACCGAAGCAAGAAAGACUGAGGAAAACGGGCUGUCCAGGUUAGGUUCGAUCCAGACCGAGCUUGAAGAAACCAGGCAGAUGCUCGAGAAAACGAGACAAGAGGGCAUGAUGAUGAUGACCACCCUCACUUCGCUCCAGGAGGAGCUCCACAACACCAGGAAGGAACUCGAAGAGUUGAAACCGAGUAAGACCGAGAACAGCCUGAAAGAGCCGGAGGUCAAAGAUAUCGAGUCACUGGGCAAUUCAAGCCAGCCGAAAGCGGGGGAGAAGCCCGCAAACACCGAUGGAAGACCCGAGAUUCAGAAGAGACGAUGCGUCAAAUUUGCCAAGCCUCCUUCACUCGCUGAAGUCAUGGCUAUGGAGACACCGGAGGUCUUCGAGAGGCAGUUUUCAGCACCCCAAGCCAAGGCUUCUACGCCAACAAAGAAGAAGAAGAAGACAAGGGCGCUGAUCCCUGUGCUCGGGAUCAUCUUCUCAACGAAGAAAGAUUACCCAGAGUUCUCCACACACAUUUCUCGAGGAAAAUAA